CGGGUCUGUGCAAUAUAGAAUGUACAUCAUAGGCUUCCCGUAACUUUGAUUCUUCUUCUCGACGCUUUUGGUGUUAAAUUAAGAAAUGAAUAGAAUUGUUCUGUGUAAAUACUUGUUAUUUUUCAUGCGAAAAAUAACGAAAGGGCGAUAUUUAAUACAAUUAUUGUAGGUUGAGCUUUAUUGCGUACUCUUGUUGACCGAGUUCAAGUUUGUGUCGUUAUGUUGGAGUCGGUAAAUAGUGCCGCUCACCGUGUGUCUUAACAACAUUACUGAAAGCGUGAAUGAAAGUUGUGCCGUCUAUUUUGAAAGAUAUGGUUGUGGCGGUCUUCAUUUUGUAGUUAGAAAUCGCGUGCAAUGGGUUACCAUAAAUAACAAAUAUAAUUUGUGUAGUGUAAACAAUGUUGCCAUGGUUUGCGUGUUUAGGUUUUACUAGUUUUAAGAAAAUGUUGUCUUCAAUCAAAAACUUUUUCAUGAAAUUAUUUUCCAGAGGCGUGGAAGAUUCUUCACGUCAAAAUUUACAAUUAAAACGAAGAUUGGAUGACUGCAAAAAUGGGAUGCCGGUAAAGUUGGCAAAGUUCGAGACACCGGUCACCUCGCAGCCUAGCAGAUCUCGGAGAACACCUCUAACAUCCAACAACUGGAAUUCUGCCGGUUCAGAAAUGGCCGACGAGGUGAACGCGAGUGCGGGGAGGAGGCUCUUGAACGCCGGCCAGGAGUGUCCGGUGGUCACCUUGCCCGAGAGUGACCCUGAGAACGAUGACGACGUACAGGUGCUGCGAGUGUACGAGUCGUUGGAGAGUAGAGCGGCACGCCAGCGAAAUGUGACCUACGGAAGCAAGUCUCGUCUGGAUCUCAGGCGAAUCGGCAGGCUCGGCUUGAGGACGAAGGCCGGCAGACGUACGUCCACCCUGGAUCAGGCGGAGGACCUCGACCAACAUCGGAGGUACAAGGCCCUGCUUCACGAGAGUUCCGCUUUCCAGAACUCCGGGUACAGGAACGACUCUCUGCUGGAGCCCGCUUCCGGAACUGACUCAAGUCUGCAAGUCAAGAGAGCGGAACCAGACCUGAAUGAGUUCAGCUUAUCCGACGCUGAUUUUCCCAGCUCUGGAAGUGCAGAAAUGAUAAUGCUGAGUGCUCAACACACAACUAAUUGGAUUACGAAUCUGGAGGAGAAGCGGAGAAGGAGCUUCAGGGAGGAGAUGACGAAGGCGGAGAAGACGCGGGAGCUGGCCCAGCGCCUGCACAAGCACAACGAGAAGAUGGUGCAGGAGGUGGAGAAGAAGCAGUGGGACCUGAGGUCGGCGUUCGAGAUCUUCAAGAUUGAGGAGGAGUCCCGCGCCCUGCCGACCCUCACCCCGCAGAUGGAGGAAGUGGUGAGGAGAGCUCUCGUCUCCCACCCAGAAAACGAGAAGAUGGUCUCCGCAUCGAAGAUCACCAUCACACGCAAAGACAUCAACACGUUGCGUGGCUUAAACUGGCUCAACGAUGAGGUAAUCAACUGCUACAUGGAACUCAUCAAGGAAAGGAGUAGUUCUUCGAAUGGGAAGUACCCCAAAGUCUUCACGUUCAACACGUUCUUCUACUCGAAUCUCUGCUCGCGAGGAAACGCUUUCUUGAAACGCUGGAACAGGAAGGUGGACUUAUUUGCGUACGACAUGAUUCUGGCACCGAUCCACGAGGGUGUACACUGGUGCAUGGUGCAGAUUGAUUUCCGCUCAAAGAGGAUGCUUUAUCUCGAUAGCAUGGGAGGAAAGAAUAAGAGGUGUCUGGAGCUCUUCCUGGGGUACUUUACCUUUGAAAGCAAAGAAAGGAAUGUUCCAUUCAACCCUGACGAAUGGAGGCUGGAAUUUGGACAGGACAAUCCGAAGCAGACAAAUGGGUGUGACUGCGGGGUAUUCUCGUGCAUGUACGCAGAGUUCUUGAGCAGGGACGCUAAGUUCAUGUUCGACCAGUCAGACAUGCCGUUCCUGCGGCGGAAGAUGGUUUACGAACUGCUGCAUGGUCUCCUGCCCAUUUGAGCUUCGUCGCCGGUUGUGCGGAAUGUUUUUUUUAAAUUUGCAGUUUUCCUCCGGCGACACUAUCGUGUUUGAUAUGACUGAGUGGGUUAUUAUUUAUUUUUUUUAUCUGGCUUAUUUACUAUUCACGAUGUUUGUGUUGAAUUUUGUCCGUGUGUUUCAGUUUGUUGUUCUGCUAGAGGAAUUGGGAUGUUUUGCAAAACUUUUACUUGUAUGUUCAUUCCUCUGGUGGAGAGAUGUUUAUGAUUUGUUUGGGAACAGUACUCUAUCUGUGUAUAUAAACUUUUUGUUCAGAGGCAUAAAUUUUGUGUAUGCAAUAA